AUGAGUCUGGCAUGUCUUGUGUGCCAAGGCAUAGAAAGUCCAUCUCAUUCCUAUAGAAGCUACUCAGUGUCAAGUUCAGACAAUGACGGGAGGUGUUCGGCUAUUGCCAAUUGCUUGACCAGGAAGACUUCACUUCAACAUCCUCGAGAGAACCCAAUUGCAUCAUCGUCAAAAGUGAUGCCUCAACCUACUGUUCCAAGUAAUGUAGUUGCGGGUGCCCCCAGACUAGUCCGAAGCUGCGCUGUCAGAAGGGACCUCGUAAGAGAUUGGAACUUUGACAUAGCUAUUUCAGAGCAUUAG